UUACAAAAGCUUUAAUCUGAUUGGCCGGACGGUUCAAAACAUUGCGCACACGUCUCGGCGCUGAUUGGACAGUGAGAUAAGAUGGGCGUGACCAGAGACGAGGAUAAUAAAUACAAGACCAAAACAGUAACGUAGGACAGAAGGCGGUCAGCGGGAGCUAUAGGGAUCUUACCAGUCGACGUCAGUUACUAUUUACAACUUUUUGAGCCGUUUUAAACACAGAAAGUAACUUUUAAAGUAAUUUUCCUUUGUUGAAAUUGGAUUUAUAAAGUGUAAUCCGGGAAAAAGAAGGCGUCAUCAGUCGGUUUAAGACGGAGAAAAAAAGUUUAAAACCGACACAGAGGAAUUCUUAACCAAACAGGAUGGAUUUUAUCAGCUGCAACUAAACUGACCGCUUCAAGAAAAACAUGUUGGACAAGAGGACUGUGGAGUUUCAUCUGGAGGAGGAAGUCAGAGGAAAAAACGUGAAGGAACCGUUCUGCAGUCAGUAUCACUGUGGUUCUCUGCUCGGCAGCGGUGGCUUCGGCUCAGUGUUUUCAGGCCAGCGGCUCUCUGAUGGACUGCAGGUUGCCAUUAAGCAGAUUUCCAGUGACAGAGUCCAGCAGUGGGCCAGACUGCCCGGCGAGGUCAGUCCCGUUCCCAUGGAGAUCGCCCUGCUGCAGCGGCUGUCUGAGGUCGGGAGUCACAGCGGGGUCGUCCGCAUGCUGGACUGGUUCGAGGUGGAGGGGCGGGGCUUCCUGCUGGUGCUGGAGCGCCCGCCGCAGUGCCAGGAUCUGUUCGACUUCAUCACCGAGAGAGGAGCACUUCCCGAACAGCUCGCGCUCAGGUUUUUCCGUCAGAUCGUGGAGGCGCUGCUGUUCGUGCACGCUCACGGUGUCGUGCACAGAGACAUCAAAGACGAGAACAUCGUGGUCGACACGAGGACGCUCGAGGUCAAGAUCAUCGACUUCGGAUCGGGAGCUCCUCUCAAAGAGUCGCCGUACAGCGAGUUCGAAGGUACUCGGGUCUACAGUCCUCCGGAGUGGAUCCAGUCUCAGUCGUAUAAGGCCGUCUCUCUCACCGUCUGGUCUCUGGGCGUCUUGCUCUUUGACAUGGUGUGCGGCGACAUCCCAUUCGAGCGCGACCAGGAAAUCAUCGGGGCCACGCCCAUUUUCACCAGACGAGUCUCUAAAGAAUGCCAGUCUCUGAUUCGCUGGUGUCUGUCUUACCGUCCUGAGGAGCGUCCGACUCUGGAGGAGAUCCUGUCUCACCCCUGGAUGGAGAGAGGGGAGGUGGAGGAGGAGGGAGGAGACCUGCAGGAGGACCACAGCUCUCUGCCCAGCCAGUCCCUCUAGCCAACACAACCCUCCGUACGCAGGGCUCUGGACAGACCUUCCUAAUAAACACAACCCUCCGUACGCAGGGCUCUGGACCGUCAUUGAGACAGAACUGUGGAGGAUCUUUGAGGACACAUGCAGAUGGAUGUUGUCCUUUUGUUGACUUACACUGGAUGUUAAAGUAGCAGUCAGUGGUGUUUUGUCACGUUUUAGCUCAUUAACUACAAACCAGCUCCACUGAAGAGACUUUAAACUUCUUGCAGACAGAAAACACAUCACAGUGAACAUUUAACUUAUUAAUUUUUUUUUUUACAUUUUUGUUUUCAAGGUCAGUCGCUGAACAGAAACAGAAAAAUUGUCUCCAGCAGAUAAAACAUCUGAAGCUGGAUUUCCUGCAUUAAUCUGUUUUUGUUGAGCGGCUGACUCUUAAAUCUCGGAGCGUCCUUAAACGCACCAUCAGCUGCAUCAGCGCGUGGUGAUAAAUAUGAUUGUGACUCAUUUUCAUUUACUGAAAGAAAAAUCUGAUUUGAAGGAAAAGAAAAUAAUUUAACGAAGCAGUGAUACGAUCUUCUAACCAAAAAUAUUUAUUCUUUUUUGUUUGUUUGUUUGUUUGUUUUCUUUCUUGUCACGCUGCAGUCAGCUGUUCUGCUGUUUUUAUUUAUCCGUUUUGAUGAAAGCGAAGGGUUUGGAAGCCAUGUUUGAUUUGGGCAGAUGGGCUUCCUGUUUGGUUAUUUAUUAAGUCGAGUAUUUAUUUGGUUUUUGAAGAUGCAGAUUGUAUACGGCAGGUUUUUGUUCUUUUUUUUCCUUCUUUUCACUGGUUCUGCUUCUCUGCUGUUAACGCUUUAUGUUACGAGUCCUUCACUGACCUUUGACCUUCCUGGAACUUUCCCCAGAAAGUAGCUGGUAUCUAUUCAUCUGUUCAUAUAUUUUAUUUGGGUUCAGUGAUGAAUAUUUAAUCACAUUCUGACUCUUUUUAAAGCAAAGCAGGAACAACAUGAACAUCAAACUCUGCUGCGUUCAGACUGAAAACUCCCAAAAAUGUAACGAUGCAAAGUUUCAAAGUCUUUAUCAAACAACAUGAGGACAAAAAACAGAUAAUUAGAUGAUGACAAGAUACAAAAUAACAGCAGCUGUCCAAAGAUUAUUUAUUGUUUAUCUAAAAAACCAGACAAACUGUUCCAGACUGAACAGAACAUCCAGCCUGCUUCUUGUAGGAUGAAACUUUGCUUUAUUACAUUUUUAAGAAGCUUACAGUCAGAUUAACAAAUAAUUGAUCAACAGAAAAUUAAUCAGCAACUAUUUUGAUAACCGAUUAAUUGUUUUAGUCAUUUUUUUUAAAGCAAAAAUGUAAAAAAAAGCAUUACAUCAUCACAUUUGAGCAGCUGAAACCAGCUAAUAUUUGUCAUUAUUACUUAAAAAGAACGGAAAAGAUUAUUGGUUAUUGUUGCAGCUCUAAAGCAGUUUAAUUGAGAAGAUAAUCAAUAGUUGCAGCCCUACCUGCAGUAUUCUGCAUUCAGGCUUUUACUACUUUCUCUUAUCAUUUAUCAAACAUAAACUAAACAACAUUUGCCCUUCGAUUCUCCAUCUAACUGUAAAUAAUUGAAGCGUUUCUACACCAGCUGUGCUCCAGCUGUUCGUCAGGAAGUUGAAGGAACCUGUGAGAUGAAGUCUUAACCGUCCAAGUGGAAGCGGGACAGAUGUGACCUUCAGGAUCUCAGUUCAGUUUUUCAGCUCUGAGGUCAAAGUUCGUUCGUUUGUUAACGUCAGAAUUGCUGUUUGGCGUCAGCGUGUCAGAGUUCGAUCUGCUGUUGAUGUUCGGAUGUGACGUCACUGUAAAUACUUGUGUAUUUGUUCAAUGGUUUUUAUGGUCAAAGUGGCUCGUUGGUCACUUGUUUCUGUUUAUUUACAUUAAAUAAGAAUCUACGGAUCAAAGACCACAGAUCCAACGUUUGAAUAAAACUCUUUUGGUCACUUUUA